GGGAGAGAGUGGGAGUUUCUAAGUGGGAACAGAGCCUUUACUGUUUCAUAUUACAGAGAAAAGAGGAGAAAGAGGAGAAGAGUUAAUGGUGGUUAAGGGCUCUGUGGUCCUUGUCCUGACUAAGGCUCUGGUCACAGAGGUAUGUCAAGCCUUAAAUGUGACAGUCACCCCUGGGCCAGUUGUCAUAGUAACAGAGAGAGACAACCUGACACUGUCCUGUCUGGUGUCCCAAAGGAAGAGGAUCAACAGUGUUCUCAUUCUUCGUUGGUUCUUCUCUCCUCUUACGGCACCAACUCUUGCUCUUCCCUCCUCUGUUCCACCCACCUCUCCUCCUGGUCCGUCUCCCUUUCUGAUUGUGAAGAUGGGCAUAAAGAGAAUGAAGCUGUAUGGAAACUACACCCAUCAUUUUCCUAAGCCAAAGUUUCGUCUACAUGAUGAAGAUGGGGGAGAGGUGUACAGGUUGCUGAUCUUCAGUGUGACAGAGACAGAUCAGGGCUUUUACAGCUGUAGAGUCCAAGAGAUCAGAAGGUUCAGAAACACAUGGAGAGCCUCCUCUAACGGCACUAGCACCACACAGCUGACAGUGCACUUUACCCCUGAGGAUGGUAGCAGUGAAGGACUGUGGAUUUUAUUUGCAGACGUGUAUCUGUGUGCUGUGCUGAUCUGCUCACUGGGCCUAUUGUCCAUGUUCCUCUUCACCCUUGUCCUAACAUGUCAGUACUUUUACAGAAGACAUAGGCUUAAAGCCAGUUACCUUCUAGUAAAGUGCCCAGAAAGCAGCUCAGGAGAAACUGUUACCAGCUCCAGCAGUUGUUCCAGUUCCUCCCCAAGAGCACAAAGAAAAGACAGGGGACAAAAAAUUGACAAAGUCUCAGCGACAGCACCUAAACUACUUGAAGAGGCACUGCUUCACACAGCACCCAAAGUGCCUACAGCUGCAAAGAGACCUCAGAAGCCCAGAAGGCUGAAGCCAAGAUCUGCUGCUCCUCGAGUCUCACAUGAAGACAGCCUGACGUAUGCAGAGCUGGAGCUUGUCAGACCGAGGCAAGAGCCGCCAGCCUCCUGCAGCCCUGACCCCACACCCUCCAGUCCAGACACCGUGUAUGCUCAGAUCCUCUUCCAGGAGAAACAGCUGUAGACGUGGCAGCUCAGUAACCUUCUGGUGAGGCAGAGGUUCAGUUCCCCAGGCUGAACUGAACAAGAUGAUAUCCAAAGAUCUAUAUUUAUGAACUAUGAGUAUGACAUUAAGCAUUUUUUUUUUUUUGUGAGGUUUUUUUUGUUGUUUUUGUAUGGACGUAUGCUACAUCUUUUUGAUCUGUGCAGCACAACAGUUUUUGGGGCUUACAAUUCUGUUGUUUUGUUCGUUGGCAUCACUGACCUGUGAGCCAGAUGUUUAUAGUUCUGCUCUUAACUAUUUUGUAUAAACUCAGGAGACUAUGUGGAAAGAAACUGUUGCACAGGCUUUCUUACUGCAUUGUCAUAAGAUGUAAUACUCUUUACAGUUUUUAAGUACAUUUAUAAUAGCUUUAUUAAUACACCAUAUUAAUUAAUACUUUUGGGUCUGUAAUCUUUAACUUGCUCUUUACGGUGAUUGUACCCUGUAAACAAGCAAAAAGUGCUUCACAAAAGACAAAAUUUUGAGGAAAUGAAUGUGCUCCACAUUCUGCCAACAAAGUAGUUGUUUUUGUUUUUUAUUUUUUAAUUUGCAUCUCUGUUCUUUGUUCUGGGACAUAUUGAAACCAGCUACAUGUUUAGGAGGCAGAUACUGAAUGAGAGUUGUAUCAAUGUUCUCAUCCAACUCCUGCCAAGAAAGCAAACGUGCACACUUUCCAGUCCAUGUUAAAUCUCUAAUAAAAUACCAGAAGGGGCAGAAACAACAGCAUCUUCUGCUUCUGAUUUCAAAGUCAGAUCAAUGUGGCAACAGCUAUAAAAACCAAAUAUGAGUCCUGAAAGCAGCACAUGCUCCACCCAGGAAAGGUGAAGGGUGUAGGCCAUUUUGUGAAGGUCAGUGUGAAAAAUGGGAUGAAGAUGGAGGUGCCUGGAGAAAGAGAAUGAUGCACAUCCACACUCUUAGCGAGUGGGAGUGAUUGAGAAAGAGGCCAUCAUCCCCCACAGUUCAUACUUACUGACUGGGAUGAACCCGCUAAUGACUACAUUUAUUCAAAUUAGACUAAUUGUAAUCAUGGUUAAUAAUUAGCUUUACAGUGCAUUAUAAUUGGGUUAGGCUACAAGAUGGUUCUGCCUAGGUGCAAUAAUUUAUUUGAUUUAAUUAUUCUAAGGAACCCAAUGGUUUGACAUCUCAUAUCAUAAAACCAGCCGUGUAGAGAGAAUGGAGAUGACUGUUGUCUUUAGAGAAGGUCAUUGCUCGCUCUCUGGGAAAAUUAUGAGGACUAUUUUCCACUCUAUUAAGCUACUCCACUUAGCACAAUUAGCCACACACACAGAAAGGUUAAAGAGAAAGACCCCUUCCUUUAUGAUAGAGAGGAGUGGUGCAUGUGCAUGAGAGUGCCAGCAGGAGACAGAAGGCAAGCAAGCCUUCACAAACCACUCUUCAACAUGCUUAUGCAUUGGAAUAUGUCUGGUGUGAGAGUUUUAAAGUACAAUCUUUCCUGUGAAA